UUCCUUAGCGCGUUAAUAUUGGUUUUAAAUUAGAUGAAAAUUAGUUGUAUCUUACGCUAUCCCGUUCUGCUGCUUCAGCCCAACAAUAAAGAUUAAAGAGAAGACAUGGAGAUUGGUGCAGUUAAUUCCGGUUGCUUGACGAAGAAGCCCCCAAAUGACUUAAAAAACCAUUCUCUCAAGAAAAGAAAAUCUUCGGAUCCGUUCAACUAUACCAAAACACUUUCUCUCUCUCCUUUCUUUUCUUGUUUGUUCCAACAAGUUAUAUACCAUCUUCCUUCUUGACCGUACAGAAAAGAGGGAAUCCAAUUUACAGCAAAAGUUGUAAUAAUGCCGUUGGAGCUGGACGUUGAGUUAGGGAGGAAAAAUGUAUGAGCAAUAAAUGCUGCUGAAACCUGCUGCAGCUUCAGCUUCCUUGUAAUCAGAAUUAAUGAUGAAGCUGCUGCUCCUGCUUUCUUCUUCUUCUUUCUAUUUGUUCUUCUUCUACCUAUUACUAGCGCCAACCAUCACUUACACCAUCGCAGACCUCAAAUCAGACACACAAGCCCUUCUUGAUUUUGCUUCUGCAGUAGCUCAUGCUCCAAAACUUAACUGGAAGAAUACUUCUUCAGUUUGCAGCUCUUGGGUUGGUGUCUCCUGCACUUCCGAUGCUACUCGUGUUAUGGCACUUCGUCUUCCUGCCUUUGGUCUCAUUGGUCCUAUUCCACAAAACACCUUAGGCAGAUUGGACGCUCUCAUCACCCUCAGCCUUCGAUCCAAUUACCUCAAUGCCACUCUUCCCUCCGACCUUCUCUCUCUUGCUUCCCUCCGCUAUAUCAACCUCCAACACAACCACUUCUCCGGUCAUAUUCCCUCUUUUCUUUCUACUCACCUUAAUGUCAUUGAUUUUUCAUUCAACUCCUUAACAGGUAACAUCCCCCUUACAAUUCAAAAUCUUACAUAUCUUACCACUUUAUACCUCCAAAACAACUCUCUCUCCGGUCCCAUUCCUGAUCUCAACCUUCCAAAGCUUAACCAAUUGAAUUUUAGCAAUAACAAUCUCAACGGUUCCGUUCCAUCUCAUCUCCGCACAUUUCCUGCUUCGUCAUUCACUGGAAACUCUAUGUUGUGUGGGACGCCCCUGGAUAACUGCCCUUCACCUUCACCUUCACCUUUUCCUUCUCCUGGGCGCAGCCCAUUUUCUCCAAUAAUCCCUCAAAGCCACAAGGCCAAGAAAAGUUUAAGCACAGGAGCUAUAGUUGCAAUUGGAGUAGGGAGCGCCACGGUGCUAGUUGCUCUAGCUUCGGUGAUGUUGGUAUGCUGUGUGAAGCGGAAUAGAAGUGCUACAGAUGGAGGGCUAAAAGGAAAAUCAGCAUUUCAAGGGCCAGGGAGACGUGAGACGGCUAAGGAAGACUUUGGGAGUGGAGUCCAAGAGGCCGAAAAGAACAAAUUGGUGUUCUUUGAAGGUAGUUCCUAUAAUUUCAAUCUUGAGGAUUUAUUGAGAGCUUCAGCUGAGGUGCUAGGAAAAGGAAGCUAUGGUACAACCUAUACAGCUGUCUUAGAAGAAGGCACGACGGUGGUGGUGAAGCGUCUCAGGGAGGUGGUUGCUGGGAAAAGAGAAUUUGAACAACAGAUGAAGGCAAUUGGGAGGAUGAGUCAUCACCCCAAUGUUGUUCCCCUUCGAGCUUAUUACUAUUCCAAGGAUGAGAAACUCCUCAUUUAUGACCAUGUACCUGGCGGCAGCUUGUCCGCCCAACUCCAUGGGAACAGGGACUCUGGAAGAAUUCUUGACUGGGACUCAAGGGUAAAAAUUUCCCUGGGAGCGGCCAAGGGAGUGGCGCAUAUCCAUUCUACUGCUGGUGGUAAACAGACUCAUGGAAACAUCAAGUCUUCCAAUGUCCUCCUCACCCAAGAUUUCAAUGGAUGCAUUACAGAUUUCGGUCUUACUCCUCUAAUGGGAAUAAUCCCUACAAUUCCAUCAAGAAGUGCUGGUUAUCGAGCACCCGAGGUCACUGAAACUAGGAAAUCUACUCAAAAGUCAGAUGUUUACAGUUUUGGUGUUCUUCUCCUGGAAUUGCUCACAGGUAAGGCACCAACUAAGUUAGUGGGCCAAGAUGAGGUAGUAGAUCUACCAAGAUGGGUCCAGUCCGUUGUUAGGGAGGAAUGGACUGCUGAGGUUUUCGAUGCUGAUCUGGUCAAGUAUCAAAACAUUGAAGAAGAAAUGGUGCAAAUGCUUCAGAUUGCAAUGAACUGUGUGGCACAGGUGCCAGACGCCAGACCUGCAAUGGACGAAGUUGUUAAGAUGAUUGGGAAAAUCCGGCCAUCAGAUUCCGAGAAUCAAUCAUCAUCAGAGAAGUCCAUGAGCCUUAGUCCAUCGUUGUAAAGAUUGUUUCUUAUCGCACCUAAGCUACAGAUAUUUCCAUUCUCUAUGAAAAACCAGUGCACGGACAUUUCAGGUGUUAUAAUAAUUUUUCCAACAGUAAGAAGUAUCUGAUUGUUCACUUUCA